AUGGCAUCAAACAAUACAGAAGAAGCAAAGAUCGAGGAACAUAAACGAAAACUGUUCAUACAACAUCUCAGCUCUGAAACAACGGAGCAAUCAUUACGACGUUAUUUUUCAGACUAUGCCAUCGACUGGGCUGCUAUUCCAAAAAUUGACAAAGGACACAGUCGAUUGCAUGGAAUUGUUACAUUUGCGAAUAAAGCAAGUGUCGAUGCUGUGAUGAAAAAACGUGAUCAUCGAAUUGAUGGUAAGGAAGUUUUCAUUCAUCGAUCAGUUCCAAAUCAAGGAUCAUCACUCAAAAACAACUGUGGAAUUCAACAACUGAUUGUUUCGAUUUCAAAUAAUCGAACAUUAACUGGAACAGCGAUUCAGGAAUAUUUUAAAGCAUAUGGCACAAUUGUUCGAAUUGAUUGUAGUAACGAUGGUAAAGACUGGACGAUUGACUUCGAUUAUUAUGACUCAGUGGAUCGGAUUUUGCUCGAUUGUCCGCAUUGUAUUGGUGACGUUGAUGUGGAAGUGAAGAAAGGUAAUCGGCGAUCAUUAAUGCAAGAAAAAACCACCAUUACCGAGAGUAUACCAAGAAAAUCCAGUUUAAAACAAGUGAAAAUGAAGUUGAAUGCUUUGCAUUUAGAUACAAGACGAACGGCUACUCUGGGAGAUCAACUCAAAAAGUAUUUGUUAAAUACAUUUGAUCGUGCUUUCGGUUAUCCGGGUCAUCAUCCAUGGACACUCGAUGAUCUCGAAUGUCGUCUCAAGUCAAUUCUUCAUCUACUCAUCCCGGUCGAGCCGAAACUUGAUGCAGUAGAUGGUAUUAUUCAGGAGUUGAUUUCCAUCUCCGAUCCAUCAACAGUUACUUCGACCGUGAUGGACAAUGUUUACGACGAGAAGUUUGAAAAGGCAUCGCAAACAUUCUAUCAAGCAAAGAAACACUUCAUUGAUAGCGGACGAAAUCAAUAUGAAUGGUCGUAUGGUUGUUGUACAUGGAUUCAUCACCCGCAGAAAUCGAUAAAUGAAUGUUACAAUGAUGACAUACUCACAUAUCAUUCGAGUCGAGGAAGAACAACAACUACUUAUUCAAUAAUUGUUAGAUGUUUAGCAAAAUGUAGUGAAGAAGGUCGAGUGAUUGCAUUGUCGAUCAGUAGUGACGUGAAUGGCAGAACGAUCGAAAUUCCAAUCGGCGAAUAUUCGACAGCUCAGGAUUAUCAUAAGGAUGUGGUUGAACUUUUUCAAGUAGAGCUAAAAAAUCUACUCUUGGCUGUUUAUAUCGAACGUACCUCCUUGAUUCCAGGAUCGUAG